AUGUCAGCAAACAAAGCUGCCCGUGUGGGCGAAGAGAUUUGGAAGGGUCGCAUCGAUAAAGUUAAUGCCGAGCUUGUCACCUUGACUUACGGCACCAUAGUCGCGCAACUAUGCAAAGACUUCGAAGGUGAUUAUGUCGAAGUUAAUAAACAGCUGGAUAGGAUGGGUUACAAUAUUGGCCUCCGAUUAAUCGAAGACUACUUGGCCAAAUCUAAUACUAUGAGACGAUGCUCUAAUUUUCGAGAGACAGCCGAUAUGGUCGGGUUUAAGAUCUUCCUUAACAUUACGCCAACUGUAACGAAUUGGACAAGCGAUAGCAAACAAUUCUCACUUGUAUUCGAAGAGAACCCUUUAGCAGACUUCGUCGAGCUUCCCGACGACGGCCGAGCGCAGGACGAAUUGUGGUAUUCGAAUAUAUUUUGCGGUGUAUUAAGAGGAGCGCUCGAGAUGGUGCAGAUGCAAGUUGAAGCGCACUUUAUCAGCGAUGUACUACGAGGGAACGAUACCACCGAGAUGAGGAUAUCUCUAAUCAGGUAUAUCGACGACGAGUUACCACCGGAGGAUGACUAG